CUACAWAGCAYACAUCAACAUUCGAUCGACUUUUCCUCAAAAUAUUGGACAUCUAUUUUGCUUUCGUUACGUUUAUUCGGAAAAAUGUCUCUAAAAUCAGUUGUUGGGCAUAGAUUUUUGGAUAAACUUUUCAAACCACUUCAAAAAGCUGGUGAAUGGAGGACUCUAGUGUUGGAUAAACUGAGUACAAGGAUGAUUUCAUCAUGCAUCAAGAUGCACGAUCUUAUUGAUUCGGGAAUAACAAUCGUGGAGAAUUUGGAGUUGAGACGGGAGCCUCUGCCAAAGCUUGAAGCCAUCUACAUUCUAAUACCAGAUGAAAAUGCAAUCAAAAUCAUUGUGUCAGACUUUAAGGAACAUCCAAUCAAAUACAAGGCAGCCCAUAUUUUCUUCACUGAAGUUUGCCCAGAUAACUUGCUUGUUCACCUGCAGUCCAUCAGGAAAUAUAUCAAGACWGUAAAAGAGAUCAAUAUAGCAUUUCUACCUUAUGAAUCACAGGUGUUUUCCCUGGACAGAGCCUCRGCUUUUGACAAGUUUUACAAGCCAUCUGUGGAGAAUUCUGACAGAAUACAGUAUAUGGAGAAAAUGGGUGAACAGCUUGCAACAUUGUGUGCCUGCUUGGGAGAAUAUCCUUCUAUUAGAUUCAGAAAUGAUUCACCAAAGCUGAUUGAGUUUGCUCAUAUUGUCCAAGGGAAACUGGACGCCUACAAAGCUGAUGAUCCUUCUAUGGGCGAGGGAAGUAUCCACAAACACAGAUCUCAGCUGCUUAUUCUUGACAGGGCAUUUGAUCCUACAUCUCCAUUACUUCAUGAGCUUACAUUCCAGGCCAUGGCUUAUGAUCUCUUGAACAUCCCUAAUGAUGUUUAUAAAUUUAUAACAAAGUCUGGUGAUGCAGAAAAGGAAGUUUUACUUGAUGACAAUGAUGAGAUGUGGAGGAAACUUCGCCACCUACAUAUUGCAGAUGUGUCAAGGAAAAUAUCAGAUGAAAUCAAGGAGUUUGCAUCAAACAAGAGAAUAUCAACAACAGAGAAGAGUACRAUGAAAGACCUCCAAGUAAUGUUGAAGAAAAUGCCACAAUAUCAACAAGAACUAAGCAAGGUAUGGUUCCUGUAUAAUAUAUAUUUUCUCUGUCAAGAUUGUCUCACAAUCAUGAUAGUCCUUGUUUUAAAGAAUCAUGCUAAAAUUCAGUCUGUUCUGUUGUAUUUUGGUUUUCUCUCAUCAUUUCACUUGAUUUUGCACCAAAUUCUGAGAUUCUUAACCUUCCUUUCCAGAGCUAUAAUCAUGAAUCUCGCUCAUCUUGGAGUCCCAAUCGCUCAAGAUUCCGGAAAGAAGAAAAUGAAACCGGARCGCAAGGAACGCAACGAGUCUGUKUAUCAGUUAUCGCGAUGGGUUCCUUACGUAAAGGACAUAAUGGAAGAUGCCGUGGAAGACAAACUCAGCAAUUCAAUGUUCCCUUAUUUAAAUCAGCGGACUGCUGGAGGCAUCUCUACUGCAGCUACCGGCCAAGCUGUCAGUGCUCGUUUUGGUAAUUGGUACAAAAACAAGGCAUCAAGCGAUGCACGUGAUGUGCCACGCCUUAUUGUGUUCAUUGUUGGAGGGGUGGCAUAUUCUGAAUUACGAGCCGCUUAUGAGGUCACAAAUUCGAAUAAAAACUGGGAAGUACUGAUUGGAUCUGAUCAAAUUGUAACUCCAAAACUGUUCCUCGAAAAGCUUGGAACUCUCUCUUCCAUCUGAAUGAUCUACAAUUUCAAGAAUACUGGCAAGCUGACACACAAAUAUAUCCCUUUUAAAUAUAUUUUAUAACUAUAAUGAAUUCCAAGUGCAUAAGUUGUCCAGAGAAAAGAAAAUAUGCUGUAUGGUUUCGUCAUGUUCUUGUUGUUGACCGUGAAGAAUUAUGGGUGAAAAAAGUCUUCGAGAAUAAUUUCGAUGUCUUCGUUACUUCAAAUCAUACCAGAAUAUGGUAAAAUAAAUAAGGCUCUAUAUUUAAACCAGACACUUCUUGUCAGGUUCAAGGUGUUCGAUCUUCACAGAGUCAAAAACCCGUGAAUCAACGGUUCCUAAGUAGGAUUGUUUUAGCGAACAUGAAUAAAAAAAUAAUGAUAAUAAAUAUAAAGUGCGAGGACUAAACCUCCAUCUUUGUUUGUUGUAAGCAAUGGCGUCGCCUGCAUCUUGCACUCGUACGGAAGUGUCAGCUCUAUUCUAUUCAAAAUACAGUAAAAAUACUCGUCUUUUGUGCUGUUAAAAAAAAAAAGUAAGGGGAUCACGAAAAGUGGAUGAAAGAUGGAAAUAAAUGGAUAUUAUUGUCAAUGAUAACGAAAUCACAUCAGCUAAUGUAAAUAAUUGAACAGUAAUUAAACAGUUUUGUAAUAUUAAAUGAAGUUUUGAACUCUC